CUGCACGUGCAGGGAGGUGGCGAGGUGCCCCCGGGGGCUGUGUCUCCGCAGGGGGGCCCUGAGUGCCGGCUGCACCGCUGCCCCCAUGAGCACACCUGGGGGUACCCGCUCACCGGGCUGAGCCGCCACUGGGGUCUGGAGCUGCCGGGCACCAUGCACUGGGCUUGGGCGGCCGCUGCUGUGGCCCUCGGGCUGCAGCUCUUGCUCCUGGGGGCCGUUGGGGCGCGGCGGGAGCCCAAGAGGCCUCAGCAGCCCAGCCAGCGCACUGAGCCCCCCACCGCCACCACGUCCCACAGCGAGGGGCUGCUGGGCUCCCCCAAGCCACCUGAGGGCCUGGGGUCUGAGUUCUCAGACGCCCACACGACCUGGCUGAACUUUGUCCGCCGUCCACAUGACGGGGCCUCCAAGAAACGGUGCCGGGGCCGGGACCAGAAGUCGCGAGGCCUCUCUGGCCCCCCUGGGCCUCCCGGGCCGCCCGGGCCCCCCGGGCCCCCCGGUGCCACAGUCACCCAGGAAGCCCUGCUGCGAGAGUUUCAGGAGAUGCUGAAAGAGGCCACUGAGCGCCGGUUCUUGGGGCUGCUCGGCCCAUCGCUGCCUGAGGGGACAGGGCGGCUGGUGGCCGAGGCCUUCCACUGCGCCCUGAAGGGCCCCCUGGUGGUGGACGAGAAGACGCUGGUGGAGCUGCAUGGCUUCCAGGCUCCCACGGCCCAGGGCGCCUUCCUGCGGGGGUCUGGCUUGAGCCUGGCCUCAGGCCGGUUCACAGCCCCAUUGACCGCCAUCUUCCAGUUCUCCGCCAGCCUGCACGUGGACCGCAGGGAGCCGCAGGGCAGGGCGCGGGCGCGGGCUCGCGACACCGUGCGGGUGCUUGUCUGCAUCGAGUCCCUGUGUCAUCGACACACGUCCCUGGAGGCCAUCUCGGGCCUGGAGAGCCGAGGCAGAGUCUUCACUGUGCACGUGGAGGGGCUGCUGCAGCUGCAGGCUGGACAGUACGCCUCCGUCUUCGUGGACAACGGCUCUGGGACAACCCUCACCAUCCAGAGUGGCUCCAGCUUCUCCGGCCUGCUCCUGGGCACGUGAGGGCCAGACAGGGGGCCCACGGGGCCCACCCACCCCCCACUGUCCACUGUUAAACCUGUGGUCCCAGCAAUAAAGAGCUCUCAGCCCUCCCUG